AUGGCUCCUAAGCAACCCGAACGCCUCAAGCACGUCGCCGAGAAGGCGACGUCCAACAACCCCUCGCAGCUCGGCGACCCGGUCUCCCUCAAGGCCGAGGUGUCGCAGCUGUCGCCGACGGAGGACGACCUGGGCGCCAACUCGAAGCGGCCGCCGUCGUUGUCACAGAAGCCGUCGUCGUCCGGCAAAGGAGGCGCCGCGGGGGCCAAGAACUCGGACGGGUCGCCGGUGCAGGGACCGGAGAAGAAGCGGCUGAAGCAGGUGGCCGAGGAGAACCUCGAGGCCGGCAACCCGACGCAGCUCGGGGACCCGGGAAACCCUGGCGACGACAAUUGCGUCAACGACGAAGUUAUCGCCGCCGAGGCCCCCGCCGUUACCCUCCCGGCCUUCGUCAAGCGCCGGGACCCCAAGCCGGUCGACGUGUACUUCCACAUUGCCAGCACAGUGGACCACGAGAGCCGCAUAACCGAAGACAUCGUCGCUGCCCAGUUCGAGGUCCUGCGCUCGGCCUUCUCCCACCACGGCUUCGCACUCUCGCUCGCCGACGACGUCUCGCGCGUCGUAGACGACGUGCUGGGCGGGGGCUUCUACGACGAGGACCUCGGCAUCGCCGAUCACGACGGCUACAUCGCCUGGCGCGCCUCACGGAAUUCGCGACCCCCUAAAACCGGGUGUUUGCUGAGAGUGGAUUCAGGAUGGAAAGUGGGGAUCGUAGCUAUAUGCACUAAGGAGUUGCCAUCACUUCGCAGAAGUGGACGAUCAGAUACAACCAGCAUUCUCCAUAGCAUAAUCCCCACGCCUGGCUGA